UUAUUAUACCGACUUCACUUUUCUCUGUACAUUCUAUUUUCCGCUUAGUGUAUGAAACGACGCCGGUCAGUAACUACGCGUAUAAAGAAUUUGGGAAAUACGCACAAAAUUGUCUAUCGCUACCCACAAACCCUAGUUCUCCCUGAAAGUGAUGACUAGAAAUCGGGAGCCUGCGAGGCCGGCGGAGUCCCAAUCGGAAUCCGACGAUGAAAUCGACUCACAAGACUCCGACUCCGAACCAGAACCCUCACAGAUCCAGACGGCGACGCAAAAGAAAUCCCAGCCUCCGCCGCCGGCCCCUUCUUCCUCCGAGGAAGAAGACUCCGGAUCUGAAUCCGAGUCGGAGUCCGACGGACCAGAUCCGAACGUAAGGCCUCUAGCGUCCAAGCCAGUCGAAGAGGCUCAGAAAUCGAGCAAUGGCACCAAGAAGGCCAGAUCUACAGAGCCCGUUACUCCGACGAAAUCCGCCACUGCAAAACGCGCCGCUGAAGAUACGGCUGAUAAGGAUGCGAAGAAGUCGAAGAAGGCUUCCGCCGAGCCGGAGGUUUCUGAGAAAAAGUCAAAUCUCUUCCAGAGACUCUGGAGCGAGGAGGAUGAGAUCGUCAUCUUGAAAGGGAUGAUCGAUUACACGUCGAAGAACAAAUCCGAUCCAAUUUCCGAUUUGAACGCCUUUCACGAUUUUAUUAAGAAAAAUCUGCACAUCGAUGUGACCAGGACUCAGUUGCAGGAUAAGAUCAGGAGGCUGAAGAAGAAGUAUGAAAACAACAAGAGCAAAGAGAAGGAGGGCAAGGAACGGACCUUCUCCAAGCCCCACGAGCAGAGCGCUUACGAUUUGUCGAAAGCGAUUUGGGGGAAUGAAACUGGUAAAGAAAUUGGGGGUGUGAAAUUGGUGAAUGGUAGUGUGGUGAGGAAAGCGGCAAGCAAGAAGGUGAAUGCGGCGGAGAGUGAAGAGGUGAAGAAUGCGGCGGUUAUGAGCUGGGAGGGGGAGGAGAAGAGGGUAAAUUCGUAUGUAGGUGGGGCGACAAUGGAGGAGAGGAUGUUGAUAACUGGUGGAGAGGUAUUUGGAUUGGGGCGAGGAGGGGUGGAGGGGGAGAAGGAGUGGCAGAAGCUGAGACUGGAGGAGCUGCAGCUCUACCUCAAACAGUUGGAGGUCAAAGUAGCGCAGACGAAGCUUGUUUUGGGAGCUAUCAAAGGCAGGGAUCACUGAGAUGCAGGAAAGCUUACUUUUUGUUUGUUGCUGCUAUAAUUGUAUGAUUUUCUGUUAUUUUGUCUGUGUCAUGGUUAGCUUUCUCAGCCUUCUGCUAUACAACUUCAUGGUUUCUAUCUGUGUACCAUGUUUGUGCCUUUAUUUUGGAUUUGGUGCAUCACUUACCAUUUUGCAUCUGUAUACCAUGUUUGAGACUAUUCAAAACUUGUGUCCAACUUGCCAUUUUGUAUCUGUAUACCAACGACUGCAUUAUUUGGCAAUCUUUUAACAUGCUUCUUAUUUGUAGAAUA